AUGACCUCAGGUUCCACAGCCGUGUCCAUGGGUCAGGUGCCACCUGGGAAAGGUGUCCUGAGCGUGGACAAGCAGCCAGGCCGCCAGACAGCCCGGGACGGGAAGGAGCGCGGAGGGCGCGGCGGAGCGCGGCGGCACCGCGAGGGCGUGGCCAGGAUGCUGGAGGAGGCGGCGGCGGCCGGCCCCGAGGCCCCGCGCGCGGGCGCGGGCCACGCGCAGCGCGUGCUGCAGACCCUCAACGCGGACCGGCGGACGGGCCCGCUCACGGACGUGGUGCUGCGCGCCGGCGGCCGCGACUUCCCGUGCCACCGCGCGGCGCUGGGCGCGGCCGGGCGGCCCGAGCGCGGGGGCCCGGCCGUGCUGGCCGCGGCGCCCGAGGCGUCGGCGGCCGCCGCGCUGGCCGUGCUGCUGGACUACGUGCACGGCGCGGGCGUGCGGCUGCGCGCCGAGGACGAGGCGGCCGCCGUGCCGGCGCUGGCCGCGCGGCUGGGCGUGGCGGGGCCGCGCGAGGCGUGCGCGCGCUUCCUCGAGGGCCGCCUGCGCGCCGCCUCCUCGCUGGCGCCGCUGGCCGAGCGCUGCGGCCGCGUGCUGCGCCGGUCGUUCGCCGAGGUGGCGCGCCACGCCGACUUCCUGGCGCUGGCGCCCGACGAGGUGGCCGCGCUGCUGGCCGACCCGUCGCUGGGCGUGGCGCGCGAGGAGGCCGUGUUCGAGGCGGCGAUGCGCUGGGUGCGCCACGACGCCCCCGGCCGCCGCGGGCAGCUGCGGCGCCUGCUGGAGCACGUGCGGCUGCCCUUGCUGGCGCCCGCCUACUUCCUGCAGAAGGUGGAGGCCGACGAGCUGCUGCAGGCCUGCGCCGAGUGCCGCCCGCUGCUGCUCGAGGCCCGCACCUGCUUCAUCCUGGGCCGCGAGGCCGGCGCGCUGCGGGCGAGGCCCAGGAGGUUCAUGGACCAGGCUGAAGUGAUCGUGAUCAUCGGCGGGUGUGACCGAAAGGGACUCCUGUCGCUGCCCUUUGCCGACGCCUACCACCCGGAGAGCAGACGCUGGACCGCCCUGCCUAGUCUGCCAGGCUACACGCGCUCCGAGUUCGCCGCCUGCGCGCUCCGCAACGACGUCUACGUUUCCGGAGGCCACAUCCACAGCCGCGAUGUGUGGAUGUUCAGCUCCCAUCUGCACACCUGGAUCAAGGUGGCCUCGCUGCACAAGGGCAGGUGGAGGCACAAGAUGGCAGCCGUGCAGGGGCAGCUGUUCGCGGUGGGCGGCUUCGACGGCCUGCAGCGCCUGCAUAGUGUGGAGCGCUACGACCCCUUCUCCAACACCUGGGUGGCCGCGGCGCCCCUCCUGGAGCCGGUGAGCUCGGCGGCCGUGACCCCCUGCAACGGCCAGCUCUACGUGAUCGGGGGCGCGGGGCAGGACGGCGUCAGCACCGACAAGGUACAGUGCUUCGACCCCAAGAAGGGCCGGUGGAGCCUGCGGUCACCUGCGCCCUUCUCACAGCGCUGUCUGGAGGCCGUAUCCCUCGAGGACACCAUCUACGUGGUGGGGGGCCUGAUGAGCAAAAUCUUCGCCUACCAUCCUGGCACGGAUGUCUGGGGGGAGGUGGCUCAACUCCCCGGCCCUGUGGAGAGCUGCGGUGUGACUGUGUGUGAUGGAAAGGUGCAUAUCCUUGGUGGGCGUGACGAGCACGGGGACAGCACCGACAGGGGCUUCACCUUUGACCCCAGCAGCGGGCAGGUGGAGGCCCGGCUGUGUCUGCAGCGCUGCACCAGCUCCCAUGGCUGUGUCACCAUCAUCCAGAGCCUGAGCAGGUGACUCCGAUCUGAGCCAGGAGGUGGACAGCUCGGCGCCCUGCUCCCCUGUG